CCGCUUUAAAUGGACAAACGCAAGAUGCUGCCAAAGAGAGCGCGUAUGGAUAGCAUGCGGGGUCCUAUUGCAAAUGGACCCCUGCAAUCGAGACCCCUAGUGGCACUGCUCGACGGUCGCGACUGCACCGUCGAAAUGCCGAUACUGAAGGACGUUGCGACAGUCGCGUUCUGCGACGCGCAGUCCACGUCGGAGAUACAUGAGAAGGUUCUGAACGAAGCCGUCGGCGCGCUCAUGUGGCACACGAUCAUUCUCACUAAGGAGGACCUCGAGAAAUUCAAGGCGCUUCGGAUCAUUGUCCGCAUUGGAUCCGGCGUCGACAAUAUAGAUGUUAAGGCUGCCGGUGAACUAGGAAUAGCUGUAUGUAAUGUACCGGGAUACGGUGUUGAAGAAGUAGCCGACACGACAAUGUGUCUCAUAUUGAAUUUAUACCGGCGGACGUACUGGCUCGCCAACAUGGUACGAGAAGGGAAAAAAUUUACGGGGCCGGAGCAGGUGCGCGAGGCGGCGGCCGGCUGCGCCCGGAUCCGCGGCGACACGCUCGGCAUCGUCGGCCUCGGCCGCAUCGGCUCGGCCGUCGCGCUGCGGGCUAAGGCUUUCGGCUUCAACGUCAUUUUCUACGACCCCUACCUGCCCGACGGCAUCGAGAAGUCGUUGGGGCUGACCAGGGUCUACACUCUGCAGGACCUCCUAUUCCAGAGUGACUGUGUAUCAUUGCACUGCAGUCUUAACGAACACAAUCACCAUCUUAUAAAUGAAUUUACUAUCAAACAGAUGCGCCCAGGCGCGUUCCUGGUGAACACGGCUCGCGGCGGGCUCGUGGACGACGAGGGGCUCGCGGCGGCGCUCAAGCAGGGCCGCAUCCGCGCCGCCGCGCUCGACGUGCACGAGAACGAGCCCUUCAACGUCUUCCAGGGCCCGCUGAAGGACGCGCCGAACGUGCUGUGCACGCCGCACGCCGCGUUCUACUCGGACGCGUCGGCGCAGGAGCUCCGCGAGAUGGCCGCGUCCGAGAUCCGGCGCGCCAUCGUGGGCCGCAUCCCCGACUGCCUGCGCAACUGCGUCAACAAGGACUACUUCCUGGCCGGCGCCGCGCCCGUGCUGGCGCCGCCCGCGCCGCCCAUCCCCGCGCCGCAGCCGCCGCCCGCCACCUACAGCGAAGGCAUGAACGGCGGCUACUACGGCGGCGGGGGCGCGCAGGCGGCGCACUCCACGACGGCGGUGCACGAGGCGCCGGCGCUGCCGCCGCAGCCCGCGCCGCAGCCGCCGCCGCAGCCGCCCAUCACGCUCCCGAUAAACACCUCGGACCCGGCCAAUCAUCAGAUGAAGCAAGAGAGCUCCGACGUACACUAGGCGACACGCUACGUUACAGUACCGUACCGCGAGCAUCAAACAAACAUACAAACAAUAGUUUUAUUGAUUCCAUCGCAACUAUGUCAUAAGUACCUACGUAAGCGACGAGUGAUGUAUACUGUGGCGACGUUUGCAUUACAUGUACUAAGAGACCGCUACAAACUAAAGCUAUGUCUAACAAGUCUUAACACGUCAGUGCUCAAAAGACAAUGCAUUGAAGCGACGAGUGAACAACUUUAUAGCUUUACUGUGACGGAUGUGGUGUUAGUUGGAUGAUUUGAAUAUAAUUUUGUUUGCAAAUAAAACCUGUCGAAAAAUAUGGCAAAA